UGCUAUCUAUGUCUUGUCAAAUACCAACAGCUAUAUAUAUAUUAUAAUAAUAGUUUACGCGAACUGUAAUUUUGUAUUAGAAUCUGCACAAAAUGUGACAAUAUAAAUUUGUUAAACACAGACAGACGUAAGCUAUAAUAGUUAUAUUUUCACUAAUCCCUAGAACCAAAUUUAUAGAUAUGUCUUGGAAAACUUAAUCAGCCCAUUGUCUGAAAACACGCGAAACAAAGAAGCCGGCACACAACCGGUAAGAUGGAUGAGGACGAAGAGUAUAAUGAAACUGCCUGGACCUACAUAACAUUAUGUGGGGAACCUACCCUCUACGAAGGACUCCGAUUCGCAAAGGAUUUAAUAAUUGCUAAUGUUUUACUUCGCCUUGUUAUUCAGUUUGUGCCGUUGCCUCAUAAUGUGCGUCACAGUUUAUGUUUAGUUAUUGGAAGUUUUCUUUUAUAUCAUAACAUUGGACCUCCAUUCAUAUGGACUGUGGGUCUCACAACUACUGCCUACAUACUCAUUAUAUUAAUAUCAUUUGUAACUAAAAAAUGGAGAGGAUUAUUAAUGUCUGUAUCUGUAAUAGCAUUUCUGUUAUUAUGUGAAUUGUAUGUGCUUAAUCCUAAAAUGUGGCAGCAAAUAAGAGGUAUCCAGAUGAUUGCAGCUAUGAAGAUCAUAUCAGUAGCUUUUGAAUUGGACAGAGAUUUGUUUAAGAGGAUGCUUAAUCCUGUGGAAUUUGGAGGGUAUAUCCUCUGCCCAGCAAAUUGUAUUCUAGGACCUUGGAUUUCAUUUCAUACUUACAAUCACUAUCUUGAAGUUAAAUUUCUGACCAAAAGGUGGAUAAAAUUAAUUGUGCUAAACUUAUCUGUAUCAAUGCUCUUCUUAUUUUUAUCAAACUGUAUUGUGCCAUGGUAUAUAGAUGAUGAGAUGCCAAAAUGGCUGGUAGCAUAUAGAGAUGCACAAGCAUUUAGAAUGUCACAUUACUUUGUGUCCAGUAUGUCCAUUGUAUCAAUGUUAAGUGCAGGAUUUGGACUUACAAAUGACUGCCAUUCAGAAGUACAUGUGACAAAGCCAUACUUCAUAGAACUACCAAGAUCUCUUGUACAAGUUGUUAUUUAUUGGAACAUUCCAAUGCAUCAAUGGUUAAAAAACUAUGUUUUUAAAACUUGCCAACCCUAUGGGCAAUUCUUUGCAAUAUUUGUUACAUAUGCUGUAUCAUCUUUGCUACAUGGGUUAAAUUUCCAAUUUUCAGCUGUUCUUCUCAGUAUAGGGACUUUUUCAUAUGUUGAGUACAAUUUACGCCAUAAAGUGGCUUUAGCUUUGGAGGUGUGCUGUCUAGCUAAUCCUUGUGGUAAACAAUGUGAUCAUAAAUAUAAGAAGAACACUAUGCUAGCAAUUGUCACAAACACUUUUUUUUCUAUAAUUACAGUAAUACAUCUUGCUUACUUAGGUGUUAUGUUUGAGGCAUCAUUUUCUGUUCAAGAAUCUGGAUACUCAUACUUUCACACUAUAAAUAAAUGGGAGAAUUUAAAUUAUUUUAGUCAUGGUUUUGCAGCUUUUUUGUAUGUUAUAUAUCUGAUGAUGUGAUGAGCAUAACUAAUUUAUAAGCACUUAGUCAAUUUUAUUCUAGUAUUUUCUGAAUCUCUUCUUGUGAUCUCUCUCAGUAUUAAUUUUAGAUUAUUAUUAAAGUAAGCUGUAAUAUAACUAUUGCAUUUCAUGAGCAUACAACAGUUUUUGGGUAUACAUAAUAUUGUAAAGUAGGAUAAGAAACAUUUUGUAAUAAUAUCAAAACUUAAUAUUGUAUUGUACAAGCUGCAAAAGGGUGUUUUGAUAUGGCAGAGCUUUUGUACAUUUAGCUGUAAGCAUAAUUGAGAACAGUGAUAAAACUAAUUACCUUUUAAAUAAUUGCACUUCAAAACUAAACAAUCUUAUAUUAUUAAAUUUCAUGUUUCCAUUUUGAGUAGAAAAAUAUUUAUCUGUUAGACAGAUAAAUCUUAAUACCUAAGUAGCCUUUUAAAAAUUGUGAUUAGUGAACUUAGAGAUGUUCUUUAACCUAAUAGGCACUGGUCCUGACCAACACCACCAGUAAUUUAGUACUUACUACUAUUAUUAAAAAUUACUCUUAGCCAUAGUUAUUGAUGUAGUUUGAUGACAAUAUUUUUUCGUCUUUUUAUGAUGUAAUACCUUGAGUCAUAUGUUUACACAAUUUUCCAUUAAAACUAACUAGAGAUUAGCAUGUUGAUUUAGUCCUAAGAAACAGUUUAAAAUUUUAAGAUAUUAGGGACUGAAAUAAA